AUGUUUUCCAAAUUGCUCUCUUUUGCGGCACUAUCCUUCUUCUCUCUCCUUCUGGCCAACCCUGCCACUUCCCAUUCUGUCUCCUUCAACGAAGCUGACUAUGACCCCUCUCACGUUGUGACAAAAGACUUUCUGGUCCUCGGUGGUGGCGCGAGCGGCACAUAUGCGGCUGUCCGCCUGAAAGACCACGAUCAAUCUAUCGUCCUCAUAGAGCGCAACAAUCGUCUCGGCGGCCACACUCGCACAUAUAUUGACCCUGAGACUGGCGGAACGAGCGAUAUUGGCGUGCUCAUUUACCAGAAUUUCACAACCACAAUCAACUUUUUCAAACGCUUCGACAUCCCACUAAGCACCUUCGUCGGCAAUGGUCCCUUCGAAAGCAAAUACGCCGACUUCGCUACCGGCGAAGCUAUGCCCAAUUACACACUCCCUGACUUCCUCACGGGAUUCAAAAAGUAUUUCGAAACCCUAACACAAUAUCCAUACCUCGAAUACGGCUGGAACUUGACCUACCCGGUCCCAGACGACCUACUGAUGCCAUUUGGCGACUAUGUGACCAAGUACGGCCUCGAGGACGCGGCGCUAAUGAUAUUCGAGUACGCACAAAGCCAAGGGAACAUACUCGAUCAGCCCACCAUCUAUGUGGCCAAAUACUUCGGCGUCAGUAAUGGCGACGCCUUUGUGAACGGAUAUCUCAGUACAGCCCGCCGCAACAACUCGGAGCUCUACUCCAAGGCUCUCGAGUCCCUGGGCUCGGACGUCCUGCUCAGAAGCCACAUCCUCAGUCUGAAGCGCUCGGACUCUGGCGUCCGUGCUGUUGUCAGCACACCUACAGGUAAUAAACUUAUUAAAGCAAAGAAAUUAGUCUCCUCUAUCCCACCGAAACUCAGCCAUCUCACCGGCUGGGAUCUGACCAACAAGGAACUGCAGCUAUUCGGCCAAUUCAAUAACUCUGCUUAUUGGACAGCACUUGUAACGGAUACUGGCCUCGAUAACAACAUCACCUACAUCAACGUCCAGCCCAAUGCGGUUCUCAAUAUUCCGCGCCUGCCGGAGGGCUAUGUUGUGUCCCCUACAGGAAGCAUUAAAGACGUUUUUCAUAUAUACUAUGGUAGUCCAUCGUCAUUGCCUGAGCACCAGAUCCGCAAGGCAAUGAUUAAAGACGUUAACGUCGUACAGAAGUUGCAGGGGGUGUCGAUGAGAAAGCCGAAAUUCUUGAUCCUGGAGCAACAUGUCCCGUUCCAGUGCGCAGUGACGCCCGAGUUGAUUCGGGAACGCUUCUACGAAAAAUUAUACAGUCUGCAGGGAAAGACGAGCACGUUCUGGACGGGCGCUGCCUGGCAUACGCACGAUUCUGCGAUGCUAUGGCGGUUCACGGAGGGCCUAUUGCCGACUUUCUUGGGACAGUGA